AUGUCUUUCCGGAUGACGUACCAAUCAAGGCAUACCUGUGGUCUGGUCUCGGAGACAUCUAUUUCCACCAAACAAUACUCCUUAGUGAAGGAGAAGAAGAGGAAGAAGAAGACUGCGCCUACUUUACUCCGAGUGCAGUGCGGGGUGAAGAUAUCCCAAGGCAUUGCAACAGAAGAACGGUACUGUUGGAAUGCAACCGUGUUUUCCAUCGACUUAAUCCCACAACUCUCAAUCCGAUUGCUUCGGCAAUCUGAGAAGCAGUACAUAGCGAGAGUUUUUUCAGAUCUUGCCACACGUGCUGUUGGCUUCGCACUUACAUACCACGAAGAAAAACGUGAUAAGGUGCCCGAGGGGGAUGACGGAUUAUGGUCGGCCAUCCAUCUCAUGGAGCGAAGUCGUGGUAUCAUUGCAACCUCUCUUGAUGACAUACGGGCCGACGUUGAUAUCCUUGGCGACAGAUUACCUGGUUUAGUGGGUGAUAUCACUCGGCUUCGGCAGGAGCUCGAACAACUUGAGUUGGACGAUAGACUAGGGGCCAAUUCAAACGGUUUGAACCUGCAGUUUCAACGCCGGUAUGAAAUCGGCCUCGAUUUGGAGAUGCUGUAUUUGAAGAUGAAAAAAGAACCGGAGUUUGACAAGGAUAUCUUCACUUCUGUGUCUGACAUGGUGGAAAUAGCCGGGGAUCGUGGUCCGAUAAUCAUCAUCAACGUGAUGGUAUUCCGUUCCGACGCCAUAAUUAUUACAAAGAAGGACAGAGGAUGUAAGCCGCAUCAUGUACCCCUCUUGGGACUUCAGCAUGCAGAAAUAAUAUCAAAAUUGAAGACGGGGAAUUUGGGAUUGCCCAGUGUACUGGAAUGGCUGUGGGACACUGUUGCAGCACCAGUUCUAUCAGCACUGGGCUUUAACGGACCACCUUCAAACAAUGACUGGCCUCACAUUUGGUGGAUUCCCACGGGGCCUCUGACAGCUUUCCCUUUACAUGCUGCAGGAUACCAUAUGUCGAACACGGGUGAGACAGUGAUGGAUCGAGUCAUGUCAUCAUACAGCUCAUCAGUCAAGGCUAUCACCGAGGGCCGGCGGCGAUCAACCAAGCCAGUUUCUCGUCAUAAACGAGCACUCCUAGUGGGAAUGUCAAACACUCCGGGGUAUAUUCGGCUUCCUUACGCCGCCGAUGAGAUCGAGGCAGUACAUGGUUGCUGCAAGUCGAUGGGAAUCAGUACCGUUGAGCUUACACAAGAAAACGAAACCGUCCUUGGAUCGAUGAAAAAUUGCGACAUUUUUCAUUUCGCCGGACAUGGAUACACCGACUAUAAUGAUCCGAGUCAAAGUUAUCUGGCAUUGAAGGAUCCAAUGACUGUCGACGCCCUCCUAAAGCUGAAUCUUUAUGAAACACAACCCUUUCUCGCCUUUCUAUCUGCGUGCGGGACCGGCCGUGCGAAAGACUCGAAGUUAUUCGACGAAAGUAUUCACCUGAUCAAUUCAUUCAAAUUGGCAGGCUUUCGCAAUGUUAUUGGUACCCUGUGGGAGGUCAGGGAUAAGGCGUGCGUCGACGUAGCGAGGAUCACGUAUGAGCUACUCAAUCGCGACGGUUUAACAGACGACGCGGUUUGCCGGGGCCUACAUGAAGCAACCCGACGGAUGCGAGACCAAUGGGUGCAAGAUAUCUCAAAUCAAAAUCUGGAAUGGAGAAUGAGAUCACGUCGAGAUAUGAUCCUUUUGGAGGAAGUGUGCCUGGGUGCGAUGGAAUGGGUCCCGUAUGUGCAUUUUGGUAUGUAA